GAGCAUCUGUUUGUGGAAGAGCUUCUGAACCUGACCUGCACGACUGGAAUUAUGAGUAAGACCUCUAUCAGCACCCACCAGGAGAUGCGUAAAGGAGAUUACCUCCUCAGCACAAAUGGGAACUACAAAGCUGUGUUCCAGGAGGAUGGCAACUUUGUCAUCUACACCUGGGCUCCAAUGUGGUCCACAGGAACCUGCGAUAAAGGCGGGUUCCGCAUUGUUCUACAGGAGGACAGCAACCUGGUGAUGUACGACAGAGACAACAGGGGAGUUUGGGGUUCAGAUACCCACUCCCCCAAGGAGUCGAACAGGAUGCGUCUGACCAUGACAGAUGAUGGUCAUCUGGUUCUGGACAGGGAUGGAGUGAAAAUCUGGUCUCCUCCUCUUUUCGACGCAGGUGUGGGUCCAGUUGAAGAAAAGUCAAAAGCUACUUAACUUAACUUCCUAAAUAAAGUUGAAAGUUGAAGUUAACUGUACUUUAAACAAUUCCAUGAUGUGGUAAGAACCAUGUACUUUCCUCUGCCGUUCAAAUAAAGAAUCUGAACUCCA